CUAGUGGAAGCUUUGACUGGUAUGACCGACUCAGGAGCCUUGAAACCUGAGGCAGCUUGCAAGCCCACCGCGCAGCGCUUAUGAUAAGACUGCACCGGUAGUCGUAUUGAUGGCUGGCGCAUAUUUUCAAUGGCCUGUGACAUGUUCCACGUUGUUGGAGGGCGCUUAUGCGGCUAAUCCUGUGCCAGUUGUUGCGGUUUCUCCUCAGUACAGCGACACAACAUGUUCCGACGUAGUUGUCGUUUGGGCGAAUCGCGCUGCGCUCAAAUUGGGAGCGCGCCCGUCGACCAACGCACAUGGCAGUACGUUUCUAGGUCAUGAGCUCGCGCGCGAGCUCGCACGCAUUCUAGAAUUGCAGAUUAGGCAGCCAGAAGCACUACGCCCCACAUGGCCUCAAAUGCUGGCGGGUGCGUCGGGUUGCGCGGUCGUGGCAACUCCAUGCCUCCUCAAGCGGGCUGAGUCAGGCGACCAAACCGAGCCACGCGGGUGCUUCCCUGCUGCUUGCUUCGGCCGCGGCAGCCGCCGCAGCGGCACAAGCCGCACCUCGGGGCCUCAGCAGCAGCUGCAGCUUGCUCUGCUGCUGCACGUGGACCUGUCGCCCGCCCAACCCCUGGCCGGCGUGUCACCUGUCCGCACCGGCCCGGGCAGCGCCAACCCGCCGGCGUGUGCGUUCGGUGCAGCUCGCCAGCUGCUGCUAGGGCCCCAGCAGCCGCACACCGCCGCUGACGCUGCGCCUCGUGGCGCCCUGUUGGCGCAAACGCUGCUGGACGUGCUCUUCCUGCGCUCGCUGCCGGUCAUUGUGUCAGUGUUAACUGUCGAGGACGGCGCCGUUGUCUACCAGAACGAAGCCUCGCACCUCUUCUACGGCGACCGCCUCAAGGGCGGCAGCGCUCCGCCGCCGCCGCAGCAGCAGCAGCAGCUGCAGCAGCCGCACGCUUCGUCGGUGAACUUGCUUCCGCAGCUGUUUGCAUGCGACCCGCAGAAGCUGGAGCAGCUGCUCACAGCAACGGUGGAGAACGCUGGCAUGUGGGAAGGCCUCGUGCGUGUGCCGUUGACUCUUUACAAUGGAGCCUCUGCUACGAGCCCCUGGCCAUCCGCCGCCAUGAACCCUCUGCCGUACAACGCGGCUGUCGCCUGCCCCACCACCGGCGGCGUGGCCGCUUCCAGCAGCGGGGGUGCCGCCGCCGCGAAGGCCUCGCCUGGCGCUGCCGCCGCCAACAUGGCCGGCGACGACGACGGCUCCGGUUGGCGCAGUGACACCGCUGUGGUGUGCUGUGUCGGCAACUCGCAGCUCCCGAUGUUGCACGGCAGCAACAGCGGCGACGCGGCCUCCAUCACCGCGGCGGCUCCAGCGGCGGUCUCACCGGACGAAUUGAGCAACGCCUCUCACGGCGGCGUGGACACAUCCAAGGUGCCGACUGCUGGUCAUGCGGACGCCGCUGGCGGGCCCGAGGCCGCCAGCAGCCGGUCACCACCACCGCCGCUGCUGCUGCACCGUUCCUCGCUGUCGCAGCUCCACCCGCAGCCGCAGUCGGGGCUGCGGCCCAUCCAGGAGCACGACCUGUCCUCCAGCAGUCAGGACGUGCCGGGCCUCAGCGCGGCGGUGGCGGCGCCGCACGACGCCAGCGCCCCUUUCAACCUGCAAUCAGCAGGCGCGGGGGGCUUCGGCGCGGGCACCGAGCACGACUACGUUUUGCUGGAGGAGGUGGACGAGAAGGCCGCAGAGGGCAACGGCGAUCCGCACCAGCACCUGCAGGCGAACGGCUCUAUCUUGACCCUCUCCAUGAGCCGCCGCGCCGACCCCUUGGGUGGCGUGGCUUCCUCCUUGCGACCGCGCAGCGGGAGCAACAGCCUCAGGGGAGAAUCCCGAAAGCCCUCAGAGGCACAGGUUUACUUGCCGGUGGCAGAGCCCACCGCGGCAGCUGUGGCGUCGCAUGCUAAGGGCGUGAUGCCUAGUAACCUGCCUGCUGCCAGCCUGCUGCUGGCGACUGCUGGGCUCUCCGGGUACACCAGAGCUACGGCGUCAGCAGGGGCCCCAACUUUGGCGGCGGCGGCCGCAGCCACGGCCGCUGCAGCGUCAGCUUCGGCGUCAGCGUCAGCUGGAGGGGCGGUGCAUGUUGCAACGGCCAUGGGCUCAAACGGUAGCUGGAGCUCUGGCGUCACUGCCAUGGCUGCCUCGGCGGCUGAUGCCACCCGGAGGCGCAUGCGGCUGCAUGAGGGCAGCAGCUGCGGCAGCGUUGACGACAGCGUGGCGGCGGCGAUGGCCGCGCUCACAGCCUCAUCAACCAUCGCACCGCCGAGCGUGCGGCCCAACAGCUCAGCCCGAGGUUGGCUUAUAAACUCCGCGGCGCCAGGCCUCAGCGCGGCGAGCGGCGGAGCAACCGCGGGCCGGGCCAACACAGCGUCAAUUGCUAGCAGCGAUCCUCAUGCCGCCGACACUUGUAGGCACACACGCCGCAACAGCAGCACGCUGCGGCGCGGCGGCGCGGCGGCGAUGCCGGCCGGAACACGCAUCGGCGGCGGUGUGUGCGGCGGCGAUGUGGGCUCCCCCACUGCGGUGCCCGGCGGCGCUCCAAUCGCCGCCGCGACAGCAGAGUACGACAGCGGCAGCGCGGGUGAAAGCCGCGUGGAGCGCACGCUUCGGGUGCUGCUGCGGAGGAAUUCGGACACGAGGAAGCCAUCCGCCGCCACCCCGCCGCCAGCGGCAACCGCGACCAGCGCAAGCAAGGCAUUCCGCGUCGCCGCCAUGGCAACCGCGGACAUUAUCCCAUUCCAUGGGCGCGGCAGCCGCCACGCCAGGCGCGCUACCCUUGAUGCGUUUAUUGCGGGGGAGCAUGUGCCCAGGGAUGAGGAUGCGUGUCUCGCUGAUGACAGCAUUGGCAGCAAUCCAAAGAAGCGCACCUCUCGCCGCCGGGCGUCGGUGGGCGUCGCAUCGGCGUCGUUUGCUCGGAGGCUCACCAGCAGCAUCGCUCGCUUCGUGACGACCGCUGUCGGCGGUGGCAGCGGCAGCAAGACUGGCGAGGUGCCAACUGUGGACAGCACCAGCAGCAGGCAUCGCCAGCCCCACGGCCGCAGCAGCUCUGUGACGCCCAUGACUCUGGAGGCCGCGGACGUCGAGCGCGCUGCCAGCGGCAGCAGUCGGCGCGCCGGGGCGCUUACAGGCGGCGGACGGGCCAGCGGCGUGGAAGUCGCCGCCGCGGCGCGCGGACGGGCUGCGUCUACGUCCCCGGUUGCGGUUGAGGAGCUCCGGAGCCAGCAGGCCGACGGCGCUGCCCCAAUCCAGCAGGAUGAGGAGCUGUACGCAGGCGCCGACUGGGAGACUGUCCUACGCGCCUACAGGAGCUACUCGGUUGACAACAUGGCGCGCCCCAAGGUGCUUGCGGUGGAAGGAAUUGACGAGGAGCCGCUGCCAGGGGUUGGGAGGCAGGGCGUACUGUUGCACAACCUCAUGGCAGGCCGUGCCUCACACCAGCAGUCGUUCAGCGCUGGCGUUCCACCAGCGGGCGCGGUGGGUGGCAGCCGCCGCAGCGGUGCCACCUUUGGCGGCAUGACGGGCGCGGGCGCCGCCGGCAGCGGAAGCUUGGCAGCAGCAGUGGCGGCGGCGUCAGGGUUGACACGUCACCAGUCAUCACGCGUGGGCGGCAGCAGCCGGCCCGCACGAUCCGCGCGGCCGUCGUUGUUUAAGUCGGUGGAUCCGCUGGCGACAUCAAGCUGGCAGGUCCUGUAUGACGCAUCCAGCGUCCGCUCCUCGGUCGACCCGUCGUCAAUAAGCCAGGCCAACGGCAGCAACAAUGCUGAGAGUGCCAAGCAGCAGGCGCGCCAGCCGCUGCCAACAGCGACAGGAAAGCCGCUGAUGCCGCCAACACAGAGCCAUCAGGACUCGGCGGUUGCGAACGCGGCCAUCAAUAGCGGUGCGCGUGUCAAAACUCCGCCUCGCGCCCUCCACCGCAGCCCGUCACAACAGCAGCUGCUGCAAGUCGCAGCACACAGCCCGGCCGUUGGGGCGGUGCGCCGGCAUUCUGUCCUCGACCUUCUUGCACGUGACGGCCCCGACCUGUCGCUCACGUCGGCGGCGCAGGACUCAGGCCGCUCCGUUGACAGUGCCUUCAAGCCAACCGGCGCGGCUUCCACGGCCGGAGCCCCCUCCUCGGGGUCAAUGGUCACAGGUAUGGCCGCGGUGGUGGCCGGUGCGCGGCCGACGCGGGCCCGAACGCAGCCGUCGCUGAAACGCGCGCAGAUGGCAGGGUGGCUGUCCAUGCCGGGUGAGGAGGAGGAUCAGGAGGAGGAGGAGGACGACGACGAAGAGGCAGCUGCGGAUGUCGCCAGGAGCUGCGUAGCGGCGCGUGACGCCCUGAUGGCGGAUCCCGGUGGCAGCACCGCAGCACAGCACGCCCGCGACUUCAUGGGCCUCAGCCCUGCUGCUGCGGCUGUCGCUGCCGGCGCACUGGCAGCCCGUGGCAGCACAGGCGCAAGGCGCGGGGCCGGGCACGCCCUGGCUUUCCAGCAGGCACGUGGCAGCGCUGAUCCGCCAAGGGGCGGACGGGCCCGUGGUAUGACGCCACUGCUCAAUCCGGCGGCGAUGGCAGCGAUGUACGGCAGCAGCCAGGGCGGCGGCGGCGCGCUGCAAUACACGCACCAUUGUGGCGGCGAUGACGGGGAUCCCCUCGGCGUGGGAACCAGCUGCGGCAUGGCAGCACGGUUGUCGCAGCCUGCCGGCCUGAAUGCACUGUCCCCGGGCUUUAACUCACUUCUGGGCAUUGGCAGCGCCACCAACCGCCCGGCAUCGCGCGUGCUCCAGUUCGCCUCGACACUGUCCAGGUACCCAGCGCCGGCAUCCAGCCUGCUGCUCAUCAGCCCACACAGCAACCACGCGCCUGCGCACCUCGGAACCGCGGGCGCCGCGUUGCACUCGCCGGCCGCCCGCUCUCCUGUGUCAUCGCAGCAGCACGCGCAGUUCGCAUACACUGGCAUGUGGCCGCCGACUCGCGUUCCGUCACUCAUGUCACAGUCGCAGUCCCACUUGCUACAGCCGACGCCGACGCCAGCUGCUGGGUCCGCCGGCACCGCUGCCGGCCCGACUCCAGCUCCGGCGGUUUUGCCUGGCAGCAGCGGCGGCGGUAGCAACCGCCCGCGCCCGCAGCCCCCUGCGGCUGCCGUGCUAGCCGAGCGCCGUUCGGACUCUGAACAGGCGCUGCGCAUGCCUGCAGGUGCAGCAGCAGGCAACGCGGCGGCGGCGGCGGCGGAAUCUGGCAGUUGGGAGGACGUCGCGGCGGCGGCUGUGCACGCGGCCGUCUCGUGCCGGUGCUCCGUGGUGCCGGAGGCCGUGGAGCGGCGGGCCCACCCCACCAUGGCCAUUCGCAGCGAGGUAAAGGCGCGUGACGCUUUCACGCGUUGCAACGACUCCGCAGACCCGUCCGACGACGAGACAGCUGGCGCCGGCGGUGGCGUUGAGAGUCUUCGCCGGAACAGUUCCAACGAGUUGUUGAAUCGGCUGUUACAGCCCUCGCCGCCCGCGGCCGCUGCCACGGUGGCAGCGCCCACGGCGUCAUCCGGCAGCAGAAGCGUGACGGAGCAGCAGGCGCGGGGUGGAGUGAUGCAAACAGCAGGCGGCACAGCGCCGACCCAGCCCGCCGGGGCUGCGUCCAGCCUGCUGUCGCCGGCCCUGGGCCGCAGCGGGCCGCCGACAGCAGCAGCGGCAGCUGCUGCCCACGCUAGUAGCGGCCGCGGAGGAGGCACCUCACUGCGGGGUCAAGGGGCAUCCACUGCAUCCCAAAAGGCCUCAGCCACGGAUCCAUGGAUCCCCGGCGGCGCGGGCCCGAGCCAGCAGCAGGAAGCCCUUGCAUGGCACGAGGUCCGAGCGGUGUGUGUGGAGGAACCAACCACUGGGGAGAGGCUGCUGAUAGUUAUGCAGAAGGAUGUGACUGCCAAGGUGGAGGCGGAGCGGCACAUUGCGCAGGUGUCCGAGGCCGAGCACCGACUGCUCGAGCAGAUCUUCCCGCGACACGUCCUGGCCUACAUGAUGGAGGAGGCGUACGACCCCGCCGCUCACAUGACGCAGCAGCAGUUGCAGCUCGACAUGGAGGAGCUGCACAGCGGCGCACUGGAGCAGCCGCUGCUGGACCCACGCACGCACGGAGGCACGCAGGCCGCCAGGGAUGGCGACGCGGAGCCGCAGGAGGCGCCUGAGGGCACCGGGGAGCUGCCGGCGGCGCCACGGGCCGCCCGGGGCCGCGACCCAGACGGAAGCCACGCCGAGCGCGCCCGCAGGGACUCCACGCUUGCGCUGACGGCGUGGCGGCCGCACGUGCGCGACUGCACGCGCCUGGCCACAUGGCACGACCGCGUGACAGUGCUGUUUGCGGAUAUCCAGGGCUUCACGCCCAUGUGCAAGGUGCUGCCGCCCACAGUGGUCAUGCGCUUCCUCAACGACCUGUUUGUUCGCUUCGACGCGCAGCUGGAUGUGCACGGCGUGUACAAGGUGGAAACCAUCGGUGACUGCUACGUGGUGGCGGGCGGACUGAUUCACGAGGACGCGGAGGGCUUUGCCGCCGUCAAGGGCGACGGCGUGGACGCGAGCCAGGCGGACAAGGUGUUUGCCUUUGCGCGCGCCAUGCUGCGGUCGGCGUCCCGUGUGACGCUGCCGACCACUGGCGAGCCGGUCAAGAUACGAGUGGGCAUCCACAGUGGCCCCGUGGUGUCAGGCGUGGUCGGCACGCGCAUGCCGCGUUUCUGUCUGUUUGGCGACACCAUCAACACCGCCAGCCGCAUGGAGAGCACCGGCACACCCGGAUGCAUCCACGUCAGCUCUGAUAUGUACUCACUGCUGAGCCCCAACAGCAUGGCCGGUGGGGGUGGAACCGGCGGCAGCAGCGGCUGGGCGGCGAGCGGGGGCGUGGAGGUGAAGGGCAAGGGAGUGAUGGACACGUUCCUGUGGACCCCGCCGCGCCCCUAGCUAGAAUACGGACCGCUGGCGUGUCGGACAGACACAUGGCAUGGUGGCCAGGCGCUUUGUCUAGAUGCGUUUGAUAUUCACCUGAUUUAGUACCUGGACUGCUUUGCGGCUGUCACUGCUUCAAAUAGUCUCGGUAUCCAGGUCGCUGUGGCAGGGUUUGCGCUGCCUGCAAUGCGCCCAUGCGCCUGAAUGUUUGCAUGCCACUUGCAAGCGGCCUGAGUACUUGUGCGAUGCUUGAGCGCGCCCCAUGUCCAGGUGGCCAUGUUGGGAUGCGUAUACGUUGUUUCCUGCGUAACGGCCUGAGGAAUCAUUACUCGGAAUUGGGAGUGAGCCUACUUCUGACAUGUUCGCCGUGCAAACGUGCAACGGGGGGAUAAUUCAUCUGAUACGGUGACGGCGAGUGUUACAUGGGAUACCACCCAGGCCAUGCCAUUGGCUACAGGGCCAAAAGAGCGCACAUGCGGAGGGCAUGCAGUGCAGAGCAUGUUAUAGGUCGAUGCAUUUGAAUUGUCGGGGGGUGGCUGCAUGUGAAACCCGGGGGCAGGCAACCGGGCACUGGGGUAGGGCGUGCCAUACAGGGUGGAUCAGGGCCGGUGUGUGGGGGAGUUUGAGGCCAGCAGGCGCAUGGCGCACAGUACUGUAUUCAUGGAGAUUAAGCCAUUGAAAUUUUGUACGGGAACGCGGGUGUCCUGACAGCAUUUGUUGGCUAAUUGGCGCAAGAGCCAGUUGCUGUACAGCCGCCACCACUGAUGCUAACAUCAUGUGCCACACCCCAGAUUAUUACUUGAGCACUAGAGUGUGAUAGCCUGGGUCACUGCAGAGACCGUGUUUUUUGGUUGGAUGCACUGCCACGGAUGCAUUGGCUUGUGAUCUGGUGGAUGGUUCCAGCCUGGAGGUGUGCGCGGCUGAUUGUUGCAUGCAUCGACCGCUGGAUCUGCUGUUGUAGAGGGAGCCUCAUGAACAAGUAUUGUACUGAAAGGGUUGGCGCACUGCUGGGGGUUACUUGCGUUUGGAUUCAGGUCCACGCAUUUGGUGCCAGGGCUGAAACGCGUCACAGAGCCGUUCGUUUGCUCAAGCGGAUGAAGCAUCUGCGGGCUCGGGUCGGCAGCCAAGGCACGUGGAGCGCGAAGAUGAAUAUGUGGCCGUGCGCACUAGAGCGUGGUCCUUCGUGACAGGCAUAAGAGCAGCAGCGUGAGCUAUACUAGCAGGCAACGAGAGGCCCAGACUGUUGCGGAGAGCGACAUUGCGGGCAAGCUGGCUGCUGCGGCGACAAACUAGGAUUGAUUGCAGCUACAAUUUAUCCCAAUUCUCAACAAUACUUUUUGUGUGGUGUCCUACGCUGCGCAAAUCAAUGGUCCGUUUUUGAUGGAGCAGGGGUAUUGCAAAUAGACGGCUGCUAUGGUCGGACCAAGACGUGUGGGGUGCACCCCAUGGGGCUGGCCGUAGCUAGGGGAACGUGCAAUCGGUUGGUUAGACUCAAGGUUAGACUGCCUUCCCGGCACUUGAUGAUAGGUAUGAAGUCCUGGCAUAUGCGGUAGAUAGUAAUGGGUGCAAAUGGGAGCGCAUGACACGCUCAUAUGUCUUCCCCAACAGGUAGCUGGCUUAAAAGGACGGGAUGGGAGUUUGAGCAGGUUUGAUGAUCGUGUAGAGUAUUGCCGCGCAUGUGCUGUGCCACACUGCGGUUUGAACGAGGAAGAACCGUAUCCAAAGCGUGGCGUGCUGGUUUCAGAAGGACGGCAUUGGUACUCGACAGCACACGGGCCCAGCCUGAGGCCGCUGCUGGGUGUUUCACACUUUCACGCGUGCUGGCCUGUGGCUGGUGCCCAGGUGCCGCCGCCUAACGAGCUGGUGACACCGGUGCAGCAUGUGGUGAGCCGUACUUUGCGCCACGGCGCACUGUGUAGUGAGGCUGUGGCGGACUGUGGCUUGGUUCCCACUUAUGGCGCAAUGCCCAAGACACGUUUCGUAUGGAGACUUGUGAUGGUUGCCAAAGUCAGCAGCCAACCAGGGGAUGGCGCUUUUCGGCGGGCCAGUCCCUCGUGACUGUUGCUGUUAUCUCUGGUUAUAUGAACGGGUGGAAUGGUGGAUCAGGCUGGAGCGUCCUGCCGCGCUGCUGCGGGACGCUGCAGCUCCUUGUGUUAAUCCCGCGCGUUGCUUGUUAUUGUAAGUUCGUGUGGUC